GGAGAUCGACGUCCUCUGGACCUUGAAGUCGGGCGCGUCUACGGAAAGCUCUGCCGACCAGCCCUUUGCGUGCUCGAGGUUUAUAGUAGCGAUAGGACGUAACGCCGCAGCUUUCCUGUCUUCUUUUAUUCUGGAUUCUGUAUGUUGGGAAGUAGUUGGAGUUGUGAAGUUGUGGAAUGAGUGGUGUCGAACAUCCAACACAACAAAUGUCCUCCCAACAGAUUCUUUUUGUUUGUUCUACCGAUUAAUAUCAGAUCCAACAGUUUUGUUGUGCCAGUGUAGUUGCUAUGUGGCUGAGGACCAACAGUUCCAGUGGCUUGAAAAGGUUUUUGGCUGUAUGCGAAAGGAGGGCUUGGAAGUAACCAUUCUUUCAACAUGUCCUGUAGCUGAUUAUAAAACUCAGGAAUCCACUUUAACACUUCCGUCUCCAUUUCUGAAAGCCUUGAAGACAAAGGAAUUCAAAGAGCAGGUCUGCUGCCCACUGCUGGAACAACCUAACAUUGUGCGAGAUCUUCCUGCUGCUGUUUUGAGUUAUUGUCAAGUAUGGCAGAUUCCUGCAGUGUUGUAUCAGUGCUACACUGAUGUCAUCAAACUGGACACAGUUACAAUUGAAGCAUUCAAGCCUCUGCUUUCUUCUAAAAUCCUAAAGAGUUUAGUCAAGGAUGUAUCUGAAAGCACAAAGAUUCUGAAGAAGUUACUGACAACCAAUGAAACUCACAGUAAUAUCUAUAUCUAAAGAGGACAUUUAUGACACAGACUGCACCUUCGUAAACCCCAGUUUCUUCAUAGAGGACAUUUUGGAACUGUAGUUGUUUCCUUAAAAGUGGAAUAAAUUCCAGUAGAUUUUUACUUCUG